GUGUGUGCGCGCAUACACGCGUGUGCUUGUUUGCUUCCUUCUUUCCCCCCGAUGGUAUUAUGGUUCACUGGAAGAUGAUCUGUUAUUUUAAACGAUGACUAAAGGUAGGAUAAGCAGCGCCGCUUCUAAAACAUGAUGAUGCCCGGUCAGGCGGCGGACGGCAGUUUUUCCUCAUAAGGAGCGACACGCAGAGCCGAUUUGGGGACCGAUGGAUCCCUUCAGCCAGCUGAUUCUCACCAUAUCGGUGGCCAGCUUCUUCACCUUCCAGUGGCUGUUCCACAGCGUCAGCCCGUGGAUGUCCACUCGAGUCAGCGAGGGCUUCCUCCGCCUCACUCACAAGCAGAAGAUCGAGUGGAACUCCAGGACAGUGUCCACAUUCCACGCCCUCGUGGUGGGACUCUUCUGCAUCUACAUCUUGAUCUUUGACGAUGCAGUCAACCAAGACCCUGUCUGGGGGGAUCCUACCCUGGUAAAAAUAAAUGUGGGCAUAACGACAGGCUACCUCAUUUCCGAUCUUCUGCUCAUAUUUUACUAUUGGAAGGCUAUAGGGGACAAGUUUUUUGUAGUUCACCACAUGGCAGCGUUGUAUGCUUACUACUAUGUACUGGGUCAAGGAAUGUUGCCUUAUUUCGCUAACUUCCGUCUGCUUGCAGAAUUCUCCACCCCCUGUGUGAAUCAGCGCUGGUUCUUUGAAGUGUUAGGUUACCCCAAAUCCUCCAAACCCAACAUAGUCAACGGGGUACUGAUGGCAGCUGUCUUCUUCCUGGUGAGGAUUGCCGUCAUGCCACUGUACUAUGGCAGCAUGUACUCUGUGUGGGGCACAGAGGCUUUCUACAGGGUACCUCCCGGGGGCCGCGCUGCCUGGAUCUGCUCCAGCAUCUGCCUUGACAUCAUGAAUGUCAUGUGGAUGCACAAGAUCGCUCGAGGAUGCUACAAAGUCCUGCGCUGUGGCUCACUGCGGAAGGCUGAAACGCAGGAGAACGGAAAGGCUGAGUAGGCUGCUGCUAGAAGAGUUUCAUUAGCUGGAUAUGUCCUCUAUACCCUCGUUUUCUUCUGACUGUUUUGUACCUGAGGAUCACCGCACCCUACCAUACUUAAUUUUGAUGAAGUUGGAAAAAAGCACUGUAUCCCAUUUAUUUUGUUCCCCUUUAAAACCUGAACUGUGCCCAAGGUUCGAAUGUGAUGGAAGCAACAGAUUCUAAAGGACCUCUUUGAAGAAGUCUGAAAUACAGUAACCUUAUUGGAGAAGUGGCGAGGAUAAACAUUGGAAAACGAUGCUGGACAUUUGGAUCACAGGAUUUUGGGAUAGUAGCAGGACACUGUUUAUUUGCUUUAACUACAGCCUUUUAAAAUCACCCCCGUCCCCUUGUUGAGUGAUACAUGUCCAAAAGUUAGAACAUGCAAUGCCAGUAAAGUGAAAUGGGCAAAUGGUGCAAUAAAACUGGGAUCAAGCAAACUACACAAAGCAGAAGGUGAUCUGCUUGAUCUCCCCACGGCAGUUUGUUACUCCAGGAGUCACUGUGAAAAAGCGCCAAUGCUCACCGAAACAGGCCGCAGGCUGCUUUGUGUACCGACGAGGUGUCCGUUCAAAGCCUGAUGAGUUCGACAAAGGGGGAGGUUUCUGAAACCAUAAAAAGGAAUAAAGUGCACUUAUGCUUGACACACCAUAGGACAGCUGUCACUGUUAACUAGUUAGACUUUGACAAGGAUGAAAAAAGGGAGUGUGCUAGAUGAAAUAUUUUAACUACAUGAAAUUACGGGAGGGUUGUGUGUAUCGCGUCAGUAAUGUACUCCUUUUGAAGGUAUAGAACACGUUAAGAUGAAGAAAAUAGAAGCAUUUUUAAAUUUGAUUUUAAAAUAAAGAGAAUGACAUAUAUUCCUUGAAUACAAUGAUUAUUCAGGGCACGCAGGGUUUUUAAGUAUACUUUUUUCACAUUAUUGACACUGUCUUAUAUUGUACAGUCAGUAAAAAUGCAUGUUGCAUUGUUGGUCUCCGAAUAGCUGGCUGUAGAGGUGUAAUUGACAUUGAUUAAUAAUUUAAUCCAUCAUGUAUACUUGAUUCAGUCAGUAAUACAAAAUACACAAUCUGAGUGCAGUAGAUUUUUCUUGAAUUUCCAUUAUCUUCUGGUCAUAUAACAAAUGUUCUCUGUGAACAAAGACUCAAUACAUGGUGAGAAAUUGCACUUUUUCUGCUGUUUUCACAAUUUAUUUCAACACCAGUGAAUAACUUGGCUGGGACGACUUUCUUUUAGCUUGCAUUUAUUCUGUUGGUGGAAUGUAUAAUGUGUGGCUUCUCCAUGGUGUUUGUGACCCCUGUGCUGUCAGCUGUAUUAAAAAAAAAAAAAAA